AAUAGUCUAUGCUGUAUUUUAUCUGUAGGUUAUGUAUUUGCUCUCUCUCUUUGAAGUUUGAUUUGAUCUUUCUCUUUGGUCUUUGCCACUUUUGUGAAUUCGUGGCUUUAAAUUUUUUAAAUCUUUUUGAUUUGAAAUAUUGCCAAAACUUUGAAAAAAUGUCUGCCCUUGCAUAUGAAAAGGUUUGGCUCGAAAAAACUAUCUACACUGAUGCUGAACGCAAUUACUAUGAAUCGCUAUCAAAGGGUAACCAGGCUCCAGCAGCUGUUACAGGAUCAAUAUUAGCUAGUGAAGUAGCUAAAGCAAGACAACAUAUUAAAAACUCUUUGGAAUGUAUGGACAGUGUAGCUGCUCUAGCUGGAGUUCCAAACACUGAAAUCAGUAACAAAGUUAACCAAUUAGAAAAUGAAAAUUCUGAACUGAAAAAGGCUAUUGAUGAUCUCCGCAAACUGGUUAUUAGCCUGCAAGUGAGAGUUGAAUCUUUGGAAACUGCGGGCUCAAGCAGUUCAAGACCCAAGUCAAUCCCAGAAACAAAAGCUGAAGAUUCUGAUGAUGGAGUUGAUUUGUUUGGAUCAGAUGAUGAAGAGGAAAGUGCAGAGGCAGCUAAGUUAAGAGAAGAAAGGCUUGAAGCAUACAAUGCUAAAAAGGCCAAAAAACCAGUUCUUAUCGCUAAAUCUAAUAUUAUAUUGGAUGUAAAGCCGUGGGAUGAUGAAACAGAUAUGAAAGCAAUGGAAGAUGCUGUAAGAAAAAUUACAAAUGAUGGUUUACUUUGGGGUGCAGCAAAACUUGUGCCUCUAGCAUUUGGAAUCAAAAAACUGCAAAUAUCUUGCGUUGUUGAAGAUGACAAAGUAUCAGUUGAUUGGCUUACUGAAGAAAUUGAAAAGUUGGAAGACCUGGUACAAAGUGUUGAUAUAGCUGCAUUCAAUAAGGUGUAACAAACAAUACAACUUUUGGUUUUAUUAAAUUCUAUAGCUCAUAA